CACACCCCGUCGAUUGUUUUUCUUUGGUCGUUCUGCCUGGUCACCGCCUUCCCGUUGGCGCCGUGUCGAAACUCCCGAUUGCUCGAACUUCCCGCUGAUCCGCUUCCUGCCACCUACCAGUCGAAACCACGAACCCUUCGCCGUCGCUGCCCUUUCUGACUUCUGACUGCAUGCGUGUCGUGGUCGCCGUCGACUUGUUCCGAGGAUCGCUUGCAUCGUCGCCCGUGCCUGUCUCUCGCUUUUGUUUCGCUGCAGCACCCGACCCAGCUUGUCAUCCCUUCCCGUUUUGGCGUCUGGACACCUCUCGCGUUUUUCCUUGACGCGCCCGCGGCCCUUUUGCGACGGCUUCUUUAACCUCCUUCCGUCCUGCCUUGGCCCGCCAUGUACGGCACUUCCCACUCCUCCGUUUCCGCCCCGAUGAAUGGGAUCGGGGGAGAUCUUGUUGAUGGCUCGGGCACUAUCAAUCCGGCCGCCUUGAACAACAGUGUCGCUGUUGUUCUCCCUGCACCGACUUAUGCUGCUGCUGCUGCAGCAACAACCCUUACUCCCCUACCUCGUGGCGUGAAACGGAGUCGAACUCCGGACUCGCGCGGGAAUGCACGCGCUGACGGGGAUCACGAUGACGAUGACCAUGGUCGUCGCAAACGGGGGCGCCCCCCAAAGACGCCGCGACCUUCCACCGCGAACACGCAUGAUCAGUCGGCCGGCCUUCAUGUACAGACUCCUCGGAUGCAAACCCAGCCGCUCCCCCCGCCUCAUGCCAGCGUGAAUGUUUCGCCGCCGCAGGCAUCGCCUCCAGAGAAGACGACGCCGACCAAGACCACUCUCGUCAAAGCGCUUCCGACCGUGCGAGACCACACCACGGACCAACUCAACGACGAGGGAGAUGAGUACAUCCCCAAGGAAUUUGACGAGGCUGGUGAGAAGAAGGUGGAUGCCAUGGGCUAUCCCCAGGGUAAUCGGGAAUACAAGUGCCGCACGUUCCGGGUCCCUCUUCGCGGCGCAAAACUCUUCAUGCUGGCGACCGAAUGCGCCCGCGUUCUGGGGUAUCGCGACUCUUAUCUCCUGUUCAACAAGAACCGCUCCCUGCACAAAAUCAUUGCCACCCAAAUCGAGAAAGACGAUUUGAUCUCGCAAGACAUCCUGCCGUACUCCUACCGAUCCCGUCAGAUUGCCAUCGUGACGGCGAAAUCCAUGUUCCGACAGUUCGGCAGCAGGGUCAUCGUGAACGGGCGGCGGGUGCGUGAUGAUUAUUGGGAAAGCAAGGCGCGCAAGCAAGGCUUUACCGAGGACGACCUGGCGGGCGAGAAGCGACCCGGUGGUUCCAAGGCCCGCGAUGCGGCUGCCGCCGAGGCGGCCAGCGCGGCUAACCUGCUGCCGGCCCUCGCCCACGGCGAUGUCAUCUAUAGCAACGCGCUCGAGGCGAUGCCAAACAGCCUGCCUUUGGGUCCACCGUCCUCGGUGUCCCAUGCACCACUCCCGAUGAUCCACAUGGCCACCACAACGGAUGACCCACGGCUGAGGGAGUAUAACAGCAUGCCCCGAGCCCGCCAGGAGUUGACCGGCCAACCGUAUCAGGACCGGUCCCAGCCCAGCUCGGCCGCUGAUAUCUUGAACCAAGCGUCGCAUACGGCCGAUUUCAACAAGAUCUUGAGCUCGCAGCGCAGCUAUCGUCAGAAGGGUCUGGAAGAUUUCUACGCCAAACAGCGCGAGAUCCCGCAGUCUGCGGCCCAGUCCCAGCCGGGACAGCUGGACACCGCGGCGGCGGUCUCGCAGCCCCUGCAGUCGCCUCAGAUGCCGUCGGCCGGGGUGAUGAACUCGACCCAGCCGCAGCAGCCCAUGCUUGCUCAUCAGGCCCCUCCGAUGAUGCCCGGCCAGCCGGGCUUCCAACCACCGGCGGGUCAUCAUCACCAACCACCACCCCCCGUUGGCCAGUCGCCCGUUCGCGCCAUGCCGCCCGUUCGUCCCGACCUCAUGCAUCAGCGGUCCAACCCGGCCAUGUCGGGUGGGGGCACGCCGCAGCCUCAAGGGCCUUACGGCUUCCCAUCUCAGCCGCAGCAGAUGUGGGGACAACCACCACCGCAGCCGCAGCCCUCCCCCAUGCCGGCCAGUGGGCCCCAAGGCGUGGCGAUGCCGCAGUAUGCUUCGCAGUUGCAUGCGCAGCAGCAGCAUUCGCCUUCGCCUCUCGCCCACUCCCUGCCGCAACAGCCACAUCCCUCUCAGUCCCCUCGUAAUCAACCUCGUCCGUCCGUGGCCCAGAUGCCGCAGUCUUUCCCGUUGCAUCACCCACAGACGCCUCAGCAGCAGCCCAUGGCUUCGAUGGGGUUCCCGGGUAACACGGCAGCCCCUUACUCCUCCAUGACGGCGGCGCGAGGCAUGUAUCCGUCGACUCAAGGUCCCGGGGGGCAACCCUUCAUGGCCGGGGCUCCCCAGCAACCUGGAAUGGCGAUGGGAAUGAGCGCGGGCGGAGCCAUCUCCGGCUGGCCUCAGCAACCAGGGGCACCGAUGCAACCCGGUCAUCCCCAGCCUGGUCAGUCUGGAGCUCCUCUCGGAUGGUCGGGCUACUGAAGGUAGAAGAAAAUUGAAAAGAAAAGAAAAAAAAAACCUUCAUCCCCUCCAUUCUUCUUUUGUUUUGUUUUCUUCGUGCAAUUUCAUGGGCCGGCGUUGUCCAGAACUUGGCGUUCAUGGGUACAUGAGGCGUCGGGACUGCAAAUUGG